CCCGCCCAAACCGCCUACUCCUCCUUCUGACGGGAAAAGAUGGCGGCGCCCUUAGCAGCGGAGUUGGAGCGUCUCCUCAACCCGCUGCCCCGCGCCCAGCCUGACCCUGAGGACGACCCCGAGGAGGCUACCGCAGCCAAAGUGAUUGACAAGUUUGACGAAGGAAACCUUGAUGAAGAUGUCCUUUCUGUUGGACAGAUACGAAAAGGAAUUGCCUCUCAGCUUUUGGAUGCUGAUAAGCGGUACCAGGGGAAGGCCACAUCCCGCAAAGCCUUAGAAGAAGAGUUGUGGGGGUCAGCUGAGAUGUCAGAUGAAGAAACGUCAGGUGAGGAGACAGAUGGAGGUGAUCUUGACAGUGAAAUUCUGGCUGAAGAUGAGAGCCCAGAAUCAGAGGAGGAAGAGGAAGAGGCAGCCAGUAGUGAUGCUGAAGAAGAGAAAAAGCUGUCCAACAAGGUGAAAAAACCUGCCUAGUUCCAAGCCAUUGAUGACUUUGAGAAAUUUGCCGAAGGGAUGGAGGAGCUUGGAAGCGAGGAAGAAGAGGAAGCCAGCUCAGGAGAAGACCAGGAAGGUGGAAGUGACUCACAGGAAAGCGCGAAGGAGAGUGAGGAGGAAAUGGAAGAGGCCGACAGGGAUCCAGAAGUUGGAAUCCGCUUGACUCACUCGCAAGGCAAAGCAGCUGAAGAAGUGGCGAAGGGAAAAGCCGUGAAGAACCAAAUAGCUCUAUGGGAUCAGCUCCUGGAAAGCCGAAUCAAGCUGCAGAAGGCUCUCUUAAUAGCCAACCAAAUUCCACAGCCAGAUACCUUCUCUGAGUUCAAGAAGAGAGGCGGACAGGAAUUUUCUAACGUGCUCAAGAACAGUUACAAAGCGUUAAAGGCUUUGCUGAGAAGCCUGGUGGAUCUUCAGGAUGAGCUGUGGCACCAGAACUCGGGGACCAGACAUUUGGUAGCAGGACAAGAGAAAGAGGAGAGCAAUGAAGAGAUCUCAAGUGGCAGCGAUGAAGCUGAGGAAGGGAAGAGGGUUGUGGGGAGGCCACCCAAACGGAAGCUGGAGAUGGAGGACUACCCUGAAUUUGCCUCCAAGCGGUUUGCUGAGUUUCGAGUCUAUAGAAACAGCACCCUACAGAAGUGGCAUGACAAGACCAAGCUGGCUUCUGGCAAACUGGGCAAGGGUUUUGGUGCCUUUGAGCGAUCCAUCUUGACUCAAGUAGAUCAUAUCCUGAUGGACAAAGAGAGGUUACUCCGGCGGACACAGACCAAGAGGUCAGCCUACAGGGUGCUGGGAAAAACCCCGCCGGCUGCUGAGGUUCUUCCAGAAACCCAGCUGGCAGAGACGGAGACAGUUCCUCCAGUGAUGUCAAAUGCCCACCUCAAAGACCUGGAUGUGGAGAUCUUUGAUGACGAUGACUUUUAUCAUCAGCUGCUCCGCGAACUUAUUGAACGCAAAACCAGUUCCUUGGAUCCAAACGACCAAGUUGCAAUGGGCAGACAAUGGCUGGCUAUCCAGAAGUUGAGGAGUAAAAUUCGGAAGAGAGUAGACACCAAGGCCAGUAAAGGAAGGAAAAUCCGGUAUCAUGUCCACAGCAAGCUGGCGAGCUUCAUGGCACCCAUUGACCACUGCACAAUGAAUGAUGAUGCCAGGACUGAACUGUAUCGAUCACUGUUUGGCAAGCAAGUCCAUCUGCAAGAAGGAGGCCAAGCCUAGUGAUCCGAAGGCCACCUUUGCAGGUUCUGGAAUGUUCUCAAGUUGGGAUAGUUCCACCACCCUACAGUAGGCCUCGUUCAGGGAAGCCAAGGUAGCAUUCAUCCAUUUGAUGGAGAAGGAAGCUGCCAUCCAUGAUCACACUGGGAAGACAGAAAAAGUUUGUGUCCUACUCCCCACCCCACUUUCUCAACUUCUCUCAAGAUGAGCAUGUCAAUUUGUCAUGCUGUUUCCUGUGGGAUCUUCAAGGACACAGUGAUCGCCACUGUCACUGCAUCCCGAUGGAUGGAUGGAUGGAUAGAUGGAUGGAUGGAUGGAUGGUGACGCAACUUGCUUGAUGAAAAAAAAAAGACCUUCCUUCACGUUUCCUGAAAAAACAACAACUUGGUAAUACAUUGCAUAAGUGGAUGUUACAACAUUGGCCCCCAAAGUCGUGGAAUAAAAUUGGAUUUAAUUUUUUUUAGUGUGUGUGUACACAGAUGUGUUUCUUGUAGAGAAAGAGAUGCUCUUCUCAGUGAGUGCCACAGGACAAUACUUAAGUUCUUUUGAUUUUAUUCUUAAUUGUCCCAUCUCAAUUCUUUAGUUGUGCCUUUCCUGUAGUUUGAAAGUGGAAAUCUAAUUUUUUGAAUGUCUCUUUGAACAGCCCUGGAAUGUCCAUCCCUCCCUCCCCAAAAAGUUGGGUGAUAUAUUUGGAAGCUAAAUUAUCAUGUUCAAAGAUCAAAAUUCCUCUGCCUUGACUGACUGCACUUUCAAAUCUGGAAUGCUUACAGCAGGGGUCUUCAAACUUGGCAACUUUUAAACUUGUGGACUUCAACUCCCAGAAUUCCUCAGCCAGCCCUGGGAGUUGAAGUCCACAAGUCUUAAAGUUGCCAAGUUUGAAGACCCCUGGCUUACAGGAACCCCGUGGUUCGAAAUGAAACCCACCGUUAAAAAAACUGAAAUAUUUUGCACACCCAUCUUUAGAGCAGAGGCCGUUGGAUUCUUCCUGUUCUUAUCUAUUAUUCAUCCAACUGAUAAAUACUUGCGAGUUUUUGUCCUAGUCCAGAGCUAUUAAUAUAUUUAAUUAUAUUUGCUAGUAGGGGUUUGAGGGGGCCUCGCCUUAUCUUCUCCUCCUUGUAGAAGUGAGUUCCUGAGUAAAUCUGCUAAAGUACAAUUCACUUGUUUUGAUUCAGAAGAUCAAAACGCUGGAAAUUAAAAUCUCGUAAAGUGGAUUUAUUAGCCUGCUGUGAUCAGUCUCCAGUGAAGAUUAUUUUGUAUAAAUAUGUCCCUGUGUGUAAUAAUACAACACACUUAUACUGAUUGUCUUUGAACUCAUGAAUGCGUGCAAACACACACUCACACAAAUGUAGCCAAUAAAGUAUAGUCCUACACUUUUA